CUUCUUAAAUCCACGAUGUAUCCCCACCUAAAACGAGCUCUCGGCCGUAAAGACUCUUUAUUCGCGCCAAUUAAGAUGAGAAGUCGAGAAGCACGCGACAUAGAUUACAGCGAGGGGCUUUUAGACACCUCGCAGCCGUGCGCCGAGAUGCCGCGCUCGGCGGGAGCUCUCUGGGGGAGCUCGCUGUUCGUGUGGUCUUUCCUCCUCGCCAGGGCCGGGUGCCAGGAAGUGAGCCUGUCCUCGGGCCGCCUGCUGGGAGUGCACGUCCAGGGCGCGGGUGCCGCCAGGGACUACUGGGCCUUCCGCGGCGUGCCCUUCGGAGCUCCGCCCGUCGAUGAGCUUCGUUUUAAGGCCCCGAGGCCGGCCGCAAGCUGGGAUGGUGUGCGCGACGCCACGGUGGAGGGCAACAUGUGCCCUCAGGUCAAAAACGACCAGGUCCGUGGCGCCGAAGACUGCCUCAACGUCAACGUUUACACGCCCUCGCUGGACUGCCCCGCUGAAGGCUACGCCGUCCUCGUGUUCUUCUACGGCGGCUCCCUCAUCGAGGGCUCCAAUAGAUAUGCACCCGAGUACGGACCGGACUUCCUGGUACACCACGACGUCGUGCUCAUACUGCCCAACUACCGCGUGGGCGCUUUUGGCUUCCUGAACCUCAACACGCCCGGCAUCCCCGGCAACGCCGGCCUCAAGGACGGCCUCCUCGCCCUGCGCUGGGUGCGCGACAACGCGCGCGCCUUCUGCGGAGACCCGGACCGCGUCACCAUCAUGGGGCAGUCGGCGGGCGCCAAGAUGGUGGCCUACCUCGCGCUCGCCGAGGGCGGCCGCGGUACGUACGAGCGCCCGUGUAUGGCCACCACGAUGUCUCCCCCCACUUGAAAUUCAAGAGUACGA